UUCUUUCCUCUGCACCGUCGUGGCUGGUGGAUGCUGAGGCUGAGGCAGCGGUGCUUGAGCGGGUCGCGCGUUUGGAUCCCAGAGCUCAUCGUCCGCUGCAGUCCUUGGUGGUUCCGGGUGAGGCUGGUUCUUCUGCUGUUGCGGCGGCGGUGGAGGGAGUAAAGCGUCCAAUUCCGGGAUCCCGAAAACUUCUCUUUCCUUCUGAGGCAGUGCGAGCUCUCGUAGCGAGCGGAGAAGCUGCGAUUCCGUCAACUUUCAUUGUUCACGUAAACUUGGGCAUUCGCAUAGACGGACGAACAUCGCUCAACCCCUCAACCUCAACUUCCUUCAACAACCUCUCACCCAAUCGCUUCGCACCACCACCACCACUUGCAUCCGUCAUCUUUCUCUCUCUCCCAAUCUAUCGGCUCAGCUCCUGUUUCCUCAUCGAGAUAUUCCCCGCUCAGCUCGCACUUGCUUUGCGAUGGCGCCACCAAUACCCCAAGUCCCGCUCUCCGCCCUGCAGCACGAGAUAAACACGCUGCCCUCGGGCAAACCGCGGCGCCCGCCCGUCAACCUAGCCGACUGCGCCUUGAAAGAGAUGGUGCAGUAUAAAUGCAAUUCGGAGCGGCCGAAGCAGAAGGGCCUUAGGCCGAUUAUUGUUUGUGAGCCCGUGGUGCGGUUGUUUAGGGAGUGUGCGAAUGGGCUGCACGUUGAGACUACGGCUUGGGAGGACUGGAGAGCGGGGCAGGAGGGGAAGGAGAAGGCGUAAGAGUCACGAGAGAGGUGUACGAUAUGAAACCGCAUCACAUCAAGAUUUCUUUCGUCUAGAUAGAUGCGAAUUGGUUAAUUCAAGCUCGAGGCGAGGCAAUAGCAAUGCCUGGCGUCGUGGUAGUAAGACAACUACAGAGCAGGGCCAGUUUGUGAACGCCUCCGAAAUGCUCACUAGUCCUGGCCAAAAUGCAUGUGUACCCAAGAACG